GCUCUUCACUGGUAAAAUAGUGCAAAGACAGACAGUUCGUAAAAGCUUUCUUACCAACGUCAAAUAAUCUAUUUCUCUAGUUAUUUCCAUUAUUUUACACACGUGCUAUAUCACUUAAAUUUGGGUGUAUCCUCCAAAGUCCAUUACUUCCAUUAGUUCACCAUGAAAGGCAGUGAUUGAAUCCUACUAAAAACGGUCUCCCAACUCUGCUCAAGCUCAUCCACAAUGAUUCAAUCAAUCGAAUAGUACACGAUAAGUGCUCAAAAAUUAUGAUAAAGUGAUCCCAAAGUCCAUUUAACAAUAUUCACUUUAAGAAAACAAAAAUACAGUAAAAGAUAAUGCUAAGACCGCUUGCACAAAUUUUGCUACUAUGCCUAAUUUAUCAGCUAUUCAGUUUAACUAGUGCUAAUCCCGAUGCUAAAAGAUUGUACGAUGACCUACUCAGUAACUACAACAGAUUAAUAAGACCCGUGAGCAACAAUAAUGACACCGUUCUGGUUAAACUAGGUCUAAGAUUGUCACAGCUCAUUGACUUGAAUCUGAAAGAUCAAAUUCUAACGACAAACGUGUGGUUGGAGCAUGAGUGGCAAGAUUACAAAUUUAUAUGGGAUCCAGCUGAAUAUGGUGGAGUAACUGAAUUGUACGUUCCCUCAGAACACAUCUGGCUUCCUGACAUCGUACUCUACAAUAAUGCCGACGGAGAAUAUGUUGUUACAACGAUGACUAAAGCAAUUCUUCAUUACACAGGAAAGGUGGUUUGGACACCACCGGCUAUUUUUAAAUCAUCGUGUGAAAUCGACGUUCGCUAUUUUCCAUUUGACCAACAGACGUGCUUCAUGAAAUUUGGCUCAUGGACAUAUGAUGGAUUUCAGAUUGAUUUGAAGCAUAAGGAUCAGAAGAAGGACAAAGGCAAUAAAGUGGAAAUUGGAAUUGAAUUACGAGAAUUCUAUCCUAGUGUCGAAUGGGACAUUCUGGGAGUUCCGGCUGAAAGGCACGAAGAGUACUAUCCUUGCUGCUCAGAGCCCUAUCCUGAUAUCUUCUUCAACAUUACACUCCGUCGAAAGACUCUGUUUUACACCGUCAAUCUGAUUAUACCCUGCGUUGGGAUUUCAUAUCUCAGUGUCCUGGUAUUCUAUCUUCCAGCAGAUUCUGGCGAAAAGAUUGCCCUCUGCAUCAGUAUUCUCCUGUCACAGACAAUGUUCUUCCUUUUGAUAUCGGAAAUCAUUCCAAGUACUUCACUAGCUCUUCCAUUGCUUGGAAAAUAUCUCCUAUUUACUAUGUUACUGGUCGGCCUAAGUGUUGUAAUAACAAUCAUCAUCCUCAAUAUUCACUAUCGCAAGCCUAGCACUCACAAAAUGGCUCCUUGGGUCCGGAGUUUCUUCAUCAAGCGUCUUCCAAAGUUACUUCUAAUGCGCGUACCGAAAGAUCUUCUCAGGGAUUUGGCAGCUCGUAAAAUCAACUAUGGAAAGAAUCUGAAGAAAUCAAAGUUUGGUGCUGCAUUAGUUGCUCAAGCGCAAAUCCAAUGCAAUUCUGGCGGUUCCAGUCCAGAUUCCAUUCGUCACAUGCAAGGAAGGACUGGUGGAUGCAAUGGUCUACACACCACAACAGCAACCAACAGAUUUAGUGGUUUGGUGGAGGCUUUAGGGGGCGGUUUGAGCAGCUUGGGUGGCUACAAUGGACUCCCAUCGGUGAUGUCUGGGUUGGAUGAUUCGAUGAGUGACGUUGAGAAUCACAAAAAGUACCCAUUUGAGCUGGAGAAGGCAAUUCACAAUGUGAUGUUCAUUCAGCAUCAUAUGCAGCGUCAGGACGAAUUCAAUGCGGAGGAUCAAGACUGGGGUUUCAUUGCAAUGGUGCUUGAUCGACUGUUCCUCUGGAUUUUCACAAUGGCCUCAAUUUUGGGUACAUUUGUGAUUCUGUGCGAAGCACCAGCUCUCUAUGAUACAACUGAGCCAAUUGAUAAGAAAUAUUCGAUAAUCGCACAGAAACUCUUCAAUCUCACCAUUAAAGAUAAAUAAAUCUUCGGACGCUUAACAAAGAAGAAAAAUAUUAUCCUUAAUAAUAGAAUAUUCGAGUUACCAAUACAAAUAAUCAAAGUAAAUCCAAGACUUAUUCAACAACCCUUAACACUGUAGUGAUAGAUUGUAAUUUUACAGACACCUUCCUCAAGUUUAACAAGUGUGAUUCAUACCUUAUUGCCAAAUGAUUAACAAAUCAGUGCCACUUUCAUUUUACUAACUGUUUAACAAAAAGACGUCUUCAAUUAGGAUAUUUUGUCCUAUUCCUAAUACGAUCCUACCCCGAAACAAAAAUUUAAGAAGGAGAAUGUUUAAAAAAAACGACCUUUGAUAACAAGUUGAACUUCUGUAUUAAUCGGAAUGAAUUUUAUGCAAUUAGA